GGAAAAAAGAAGUUAUCAGUUCAAAGACCUGAGCUUGCUCUCUCUCUCUCUCUGGAAUAAAAGCCUUGGUCUUUCUGUUUGGUUUCUUUUCCUAUUUUCUCUCUCCUCUAUGAAAAAAAACUCCUACUUCUCUAUCUCUCUGCCGUCCGGCCACUGAACCAGAUCUCCGGCAAUGACCCACUUUCAGAGAAAAUUGGGACUAGCUGAGUAAACUAUUAACAGAAACAAUGCCUAGAAGGGGUAGAAAACCGGGAAAGAAGCAGACAGGUUCCAUACCUGUUUCUGCAGCUCCAGAAAUGGACAUCAGAACCGAGAGCUUGAUCCAGGAAGCGAAAGAUGUCCAGAUUCCUAGUUCUUGGGCUCCAAUCACCCCAGUGAAGCCCAUUCCACCGAUACCGCAGCCGAUCUGCGCAGACAGACAAAAAAAUCAAGAAAAUUGGUCAGCACCAGAGGGAUUUUCAACUGGGUUAUCACAAGAAACUCAAGAUCAUAGUACAGGUGAAUAUUGUGAGUCAACAAAUUCGGUUCACAGAAACAAUCGUUUUCAUGAUUGGGAGGAAUAUUUAGCCAAGAAAUCCUGGGUUUCUGGCAAGGGCCCCAUUUGCAGUGAGCUUUCCAUAGAGUCAGACAGAUUAAAGAAUUUUCCUUCAGCAAAUCUCAGAACCCAUGCAGCUGCUGCUCGGCAAGGAAAUGUUAAUGGAGCAAGCAGUCCUGGCAUUUCCAAUUUCAACUCACAGUUUCAAGGUAACCAAUUUGAGGGGGGAAGCUCCACAACCGCAGCACUUGGAAACCGGGAUAUAUCACUUGGAUCAAACUUGAGGAGUAACGGCAGUUGUGCAUUGGAUACACCUUUAUGGCGGGAUAUGUCACUUGGAUCAAACUUGAGGAGUAACGGCAGUUGUGCAUCGGAUACACUUUUAUAUGGAGAUUCUAUUCCUUACCAACCCAACUAUGCUCCCCAUUCACCACCUAGGGCAUUUACAGACACAUUCUUGAGUAGGAAUAUCACAUCCCAGUUUGCACCCAUAACACCAGAUCAGUCCAAGAAAGUGGAUAACAAGCAGGCGUAUGAUGUACACAGUUUAGAUGUGGAUGAAAGAACAAAUCAGGCAAUACAUGGGAAUGAAGUAGCUACCGCUAGGGUUGACGUUGAGGAGCUCCACCAUGAUAAAGAACAGCAACAACUACCAAAAGAUGGGUCAAGUGUUGUUGUUUCCACACAAUUGGAUGAGAAUCACAACCCUGACAAGGGAGACAACCUUGGCAUUGACCUGAACAUAACACCGCAACAGAAACAAAGAAGAAGAAAGCACAGGCCCAAAGUGGUUAAAGAAGGCAAACCAAAAAGGACACCGAAGCCAGCGACCCCAAAGCCUGCGGGCCCCAAGAGGAAAUAUGUCCGAAAAAAUCCACAUAACAAAACCUCAGGCACUCCCACAGCAGAAGUAACAAGCCAAAGUGCUGAACCAAAGACAGCACCACAUGCAGCAAAAUCCUCCAGAAGAAAAUUGGAUUUUGAGUUAGAAAGCAAAGUGAGAGAAGAAAGUUCUUCAUGUAGGCCGCAAUCUAAUAUCAAUGUUGAAUCGCAAGCACAAAACUUUUAUGCACGAGUUGAAUCAAAAUCAACUGUGCUGCUUGGUGAAGGAAUGGAGGUAACGGUUGAGAAGACAAACGUGGGGGUUGCUUAUGACCUCACAAAUGCCCUGAACAAAGAGUUUGAAGAUUACUUGUCAAUGCCAGAAAGACAACCCCAAUCCCCAAUCCUUCAGACCCCUACCACAAAUGAUCUGCUGCAUGAAAAUUUGAAGGCUUAUGUCCAAAAUGAACGUACCAGAGGAAAAUGCCGAAUAGUUUUCUCAGAUGUAACACAUGAUAAACAGGGCAGUACUGUACAAACUAACAGCCAAUCAGCUCCAAGUCCAAACAAUUCCAAUUGCAGCAGCUUCACUAGUUUGGACGAGGGAGAACAAGCAAGGGGAUUAAAGAGGGGAAAUCCAUCCACAAAUGAUGAGGCAAGACCCAGACACACAAAUUUGAUUGGAGGUCAUUACAAUUCUUUGCAUGAAUACUUGGCAUUGUUUCCAGAAAGUGUACAUAACAAUAAUGGAAUUCCUGGCUUGCAUUUUCCUGCAAUUCACAAGCGAAGGAGAUGUGAGAAAGAUCAGAACUCAACCAUACUGCCAUUGUCUACUGUGACUGUUGCAGAAAAUAAUGUGAGACAAGCAACACCGACACUGUGGCCUCUGAACAAUGCUUGUGUUGCUCCUUGUACACCAGAAAUCAAUAGCAGGUUUUCUACUGCUCAAUUUAACACUAGCAACACCUCAACAAAAACAGCAUCACUUACAGAUGCUCGAGGGAAACAGGAAACAUUUGAAUGUGCAAUGGUUUUAGACCAGAAAGGAAGGCAGGCAAGGAAGAGAUCAAAGGGACCUACUUGGGUAUGCAAGCUGGAUUCACUAAUUGGAAUUGUAGGGUGUAGACAAUUGCCAGCUUUUCCUGGUGAAGGAGCACCAACAUGUGGUGAUAUGCAGGGGUAUGAAAUUUCACAUCACCCUCACGCAUUCAUGAAAGCCCUGAUUGCAGACACUGGUGCAACAAUGACAGCAAAGAAGCGCACUAAAAGGAACCAAUCCCUUGACAAGUCAACAGAUGCAAUUCAGGGGAGAAUCCCCUCUCUUGAUGAAUUUGUUGACCAGUUAAAUAAUCUCGACAUCAAUCAGGAAAGCAACCAACUCACAAAUCAAGAGCGGAGUGCACUUUUUCCUUACAAUUUAAGUUAUGAAGAGCAAAAUGCAAUUGUUCUUUAUCAAAGAGGUGGAACUCUUGUGCCUUUCAAAGGUUCAUUUUUUCCAGCCAGGAAACGACGACCACGAGCUAAAGUUAACCUCGAUGAAGAGACAAGUAGAGUGUGGAAGCUCCUUUUGGAAAAUAUAAACAGUGAAGGUAUUGAUGGGACAGAUGAAGAGAAAGCAAGAUGGUGGGAAGAAGAACGUAGAGUGUUCCAAGGGCGGGCAGACUCAUUUAUUGCACGCAUGCAUCUUGUCCAAGGAGAUAGACGCUUCUCUCCAUGGAAAGGAUCAGUUGUGGACUCAGUGGUUGGAGUUUUCCUUACUCAAAACGUCUCAGACCAUCUUUCUAGUUCUGCCUUCAUGUCGCUUGCUGCACGAUUUCCCCUCAAGUCAAACAGCAAUGAGAGGCCAUGCUUUGAAGAGACAAGUAUAUUGGCCAAAGAACCGGAAGUGUGUAUUCUUGAUCCAGAGGAUACCAUCAAAUGGCAAUGGCAUGAAGAGAAAUCACAUCAGACUGCCUGCAACAGGAGUUCUAUGACGCUCCAUGACAUGAAUUAUAAUUUAGAGGAAGUUGUCCACAGCAAUGAAUUGCUUGGAAGCAUCAGUGGUGCUGAAAAGUCCACGGCUAAUUUGAAAUAUAAAUCCUCAGAUAUUUCUGGGAAUUGCCCAAAGAUAUACGAUAAAUCAACAGCCAAAAGAGAGAUGGAUGAUGUACUUUCUUCUCAGUAUUCUGGUGGUUCUUCUCAAAACUCUGUGGACUCAUCAAUGGCUCAAACUGCUGAAAGAAUAGGAUCAUGCUUGCAGGAUAACUCAGAAGCAGAUCCAGCAAUCAGGUCAAACCCCAACAGUCAUUCUGGCUCUUCUUUUCUGGAGCUACUACAAAGCGUAGAACUUUAUUCUCAGUGUUCUGGUGGUUCCUCUCAAAACUCUGUGGACUCAUCAAUGGCUCACACUGCUGAAAGAAUAGGAUCAUGCUCACAGGACAACUCAGAAGCAGAUCUGGCAACCAGAUCAAGCCCCACCAGUCUUGUUGGCUCUUCGAAAGCCUCCAUAAGGCCCAUCAUCCCUUCCAGUAACUAUCCUUUGCAAAUGACCCCCAAUUCUGGAAUACUUGAAGUUGAAUCCUUCGAGACGUUGGGAGAAGAAAUCCUGUUUUCUGAUAUUUCCAAGAAAAUUGAAGAAAAUUGCACCAGUGAACAUAGUGGAAUAACAGCAGAAUCUGUUGGCCAGGCUAUGGUUCAAAAGGUCAUGACUGCAAGUUCCCAAGAAGCACCAAAAUCUCCCAGUGAAAGUAAUCAUGCAUGCAGUAGCCCUCAAGAAGAGGUGAAUAAGAUCUUCCAAUCUCAAAACAGGCCAGUUGGGAAUCUCAAGGAUAACGUUCAAUCACAGACUCAAGAACAUAAUUGUAGAAUGCAGCGCGCUCUCGAGGUUCCAAACCUUUCAAGAGAGGCCUCAGAUGUCACAGAGAGCACUAGUGUAAUUAAUAACCCAAAAAACAAUGAGCAUAAGGAAGUUGAGUCAAGCUUGAAGGACCAUGGGUAUCUUCCUAGUAAGGCAAUCAAUGGAACAAGUCUCGACAGUUCCAAUGUGAAGAGGGGAAGAACUGCAAAGCAGAAACAGGAACCAGUUGACUGGGAUAGCUUAAGAUUGCAGGCACAAGCCAAAGGUAAAAGAAGAGAAAGGACAGCCAAGACAAUGGACUCAUUGGACUGGGAAGCAAUACGGCUUGCAGAUGUUAAGGAGGUUGCUGACACCAUCAAAGAAAGGGGAAUGAACAACGUGUUAGCAGGGAGAAUCAAGGAUUUCCUGAACCGGAUGGUUAGAGAACAUGGAAGCAUUGAUCUUGAAUGGUUAAGGGAUGUUCCACCUGACAAAGCAAAAGAGUAUCUGUUGAGCAUAAGAGGAUUGGGCUUGAAAAGCGUGGAGUGUGUGCGGCUUUUGACACUUCACCAUCUUGCUUUCCCAGUCGACACAAAUGUUGGACGUAUAGCUGUAAGACUAGGAUGGGUACCCCUUCAGCCACUGCCCGAGUCACUUCAGUUGCAUCUUUUAGAACUGUACCCGGUGUUGGAAUCAAUUCAGAGAUAUCUCUGGCCACGACUCUGCAAGCUUGACCAAAGAACAUUGUAUGAGCUUCAUUACCAGAUGAUUACUUUUGGAAAGGUUUUUUGUACUAAAAGCAAACCAAAUUGCAAUGUGUGUCCAUUGAGAGGAGAAUGCCGACACUUUGCAAGUGCAUUCGCAAGUGCAAGGCUUGCCCUCCCGGGGCCAGAAGAGAAAAGUAUAGUGAAUGCAACUGAAAAUAAAGCAGCUAAUCAAAACCCAGUGGAGGUUCUCAAACCAUUGCAGCUAUUUCUACCUCAGGCUGAUCGACAGCUGCAAGCACAAUGUCAAAUCCGUAAUUGUGAGCCUAUUAUUGAAGUACCAGCAUCACCAGAGCCUAUUGUUGAAGUGCCAACAACGCCAGAACCAGAACCACAAGUACCAGAAAGUGACAUCGAGGAUGCAUUCUUUGAAGAUCCGGAAGAAAUUCCUAUGAUUAAACUCAAUUUUGAAGAGUUCACUCAAAAUUUGCAAAACUACAUGCGACAGAAUAUGGAACUUCAGGAGGGUGAUAUGUCAAAGGCUUUAGUAUCUUUAACCCCAGAAGCUGCUUCAAUCCCUACGCCAAAACUUAAAAAUGUGAGCCAGCUAAGAACAGAGCACCAAGUCUAUGAGCUUCCAGAUUCACAUCCUCUACUUGACGGGUUGGACAAACGAGAACCAGAUGACCCAUGCUCAUACCUUCUUGCUAUAUGGACUCCUGGUGAAACUGCAAAUUCAAUUCAACCACCAGAAAGCAAGUGUAGCUCCCAACAAUUUGGCAAGCUAUGUGAUGAGAAUACAUGUUUUUCAUGCAAUAGCAUCCGAGAAGCAAACUCUCAAACUGUUCGAGGGACACUUCUGAUACCAUGUCGAACAGCUAUGAGAGGGAGCUUUCCACUCAAUGGUACAUAUUUUCAAGUUAAUGAGAAUCUCCUAUGCAGGUGUUUGCUGACCAUGAAUCUAGCAUUAACCCAAUUGCCGUUCCUAGGGCUUGGAUUUGGAAUUUGCCAAGACGCAUGGUGUACUUUGGAACCUCUAUACCAACAAUAUUUAAAGGUCUAUCAACGGAAAGCAUUCAAUACUGCUUUUGGAGAGGCUUUGUUUGCGUAAGGGGCUUUGACCAGAAGACAAGGGCACCCCGGCCUCUAUUGGCGAGACUACAUUUUCCAGCUAGCAAAUUAGCUAAGGCGAAAGGUAAGACUAAUGUCGAGCAGGAAUAAUGCACUCUGGUUGACACCAGAUCCAAAAUGCCCAAAGAAACAUAUGGAAAGAGCAGCAGCAAACCAACAUUAAGAGGCAUCACACUCAAUAAGAGUGACUCGGUUGACAUUAUGGGGCAAAUGAGAUUUGGCUAACUUUUUCUGUUCCAUGAUGAUUGGGCAUGUAGUUUUAUGUAUAAUAAACAUAAUUAUAGCCUAUUUAAUUUAGUGCUCAAAGUUGAGCAUUUCUUCAAUUUUGAGCAAAAUAACACCAAAACGUGCUAUUUGGUUGCUUUUUCCUUUU